CAUUAGAGUGACUAAGAAGGGAUAUAUGUCUCUUGUCAGAUCUCACUGAUAAGAGCUGUUUGCAUGCUGCUAUUGACUGACUAUGCAACACUAGUUCUCUACUUCCUGGUGGCUUUACACUUCAGAUUCUUAUGGGAAAAUGGAGAAUACCUUCAAACCAAAACAAUACGGAGGACAUUCAAACCUCAGCAGACUUUUGUUGCUGCUGUUUCUGGCAGGCCUUCAGCCAGGACUGUCUUCAGAUGGAGAGCCACCUGAACCAGAUGACGACAACAAGGAAGCAGUGAAAAUCAACUGUAAAAUUGUUGGUCCGGACUACGUCACUGUGGGUGUGCCAAGCAGCGUUGAGUGUUUUUCCAACUGCCUGGCAAUGCAGACUGCAUGUAUCUAUUCUAUGUCUUUGGAUGGACAUGUUGCCCAGGGUCAGGGCAAUGUGCUAGCCUUCACUGUUAACAGUUGGGUGGAUGCCUUAACAGUGACAUGUACAGCCACAGUUGCAGAUACAGGGCUAACUGCAACAACAACAAAGCAACUGCAAGUGUUAGCUGGACCUGCCAAUGUUUCCAUCACAGGCCCCGAUCUAAUGACUCCAUCAGUGAGCCACACCUUCAGUUGCCAUGCCUACUGUCGGCCAUCUUGUAGCUACGCCUGGAAAACAGAUAAAGGCCCAUGGAUUGGUAGUCAAGGGAAUGUUAUUUCAAUCACUCCUCAAGAGAUGGACCACUCUAAAAUGCUUAUCUGUGAAGCCACCAAUAGUGUGUCCGGGCUGUUUGACACUGCUACUCGAAACAUGGCUGUGGCCUAUGGUCCAUCUGAGGUUCACAUCAAAGGCCCUGACGUAGUAGAAAUUGCAAAAAAGUACAAGUUUGUGUGCACUGUUAAAUGUCUGCCUUCCUGUCGCUACAUGUUGUCUGUGGGCAGCCAGACUGUGAGGGGCAACAUGAUCGAGAUAGAAGUGGAUUAUACGCUUCAAUCAGUCACUCUCAGGUGUGAGGCCCAAAACACAGCUUCAAGGAGGACAGCUACAACCGUAAAGAUUGUACAAGUAGCAGGGUUUGAUCGCAACCGGUCCACUCGUCCUGAAGGGACCUUAGCUGUGCUGCUGCUGGCCUUCAUCAUUUCUAGUACCUUCACACUGAUGUGAUCCAGCUGCAAACAGAUCUUUCUAUCUCAGAUUGAAUGUGUGGUGAAGAAAGGUCGGUUUAUUGUGGAGAAUUAAUGACUCAUGUACCGGUAAUCUCACGCUGAAUACUAUCUUUGCCCAUUCGUGUUGACAGUGGGCUGAACCCUGUUUGCACUUUCUAGUAAGAGGCAUGGAAAAGCACUUGGGCCUUUACGUGUGCACAUGGGACGUCAGAACUGAGGAGUUGUGAAGAUAUUUGGAAGAUUCUUCCACAUGGAUACAUUUGAAAUGUUGUCUAUACGUAAAUAAAAUUAUGAAUUUUAC